AUGUUACUGAAACAGCAAGAGAUUAACAGGUAUUUGAGGCGCGCUGGAAAGAAGACAACCUUUGAGCCCAGUCAAAAGGCCCAGGGACGGGGCGGGGCGAGAGGCGGAGCAUCGGGCGAUGAAGCCCCGCCCCCCGGACGCGCCGCUUGGCCCCGCCCCUUACGUGAGGCAGAGUCCACGAGCGUUCCGGGCCGGUCCGUUCCGGAUCAUCGGCGCGGGAAGGGUGCUUGUUUCGAAUGCAAAUUCCGCACCCUCCCAGCGGGUCUUCGGAUUCCCUGCCGCCCACCCCCGCCCGCUCCACGACCCGAAGACUGUGCACUUUCAUUGAGAGGAAGUGACGAGGGUCGCGUCCUCUGCCUCAAGGAACUCUGCAGUGGUGGAACUGUCCUGCCCUGGCCCCUCUGUGGAGUGGGUGUUUUGCACGAUGGCGGCCAGACCCCACCCUGGUCCUGGACAGCGUCCUUCCCGGGUGGGAGCGGGGAGAGGAAGCCAUCAGCGAGCCGUGGAGGAUCUCAGCUUAUCCUCCUGCAGAAGCAGAGACAAAGCGCCAUCUCUCAGUUACAUGUUCAGUCUUUCAUGGUGCUUUUCUUUUGCUACUUAAUGGUGUGCUCCUCUGGGCACCGGGAGAUUCACGGGGGGCAGGCAGGCCCUCCCAGGGCCCCCCUCUGUGGCACGUGUGCGGCCCACCGGCUGCCAGGCUCCCCGUCCGCCAGUGGCUGGACCGAUGCACCGUGUCCCGGCUGGCGAUGGGGACGCUUAGCUAGGCGUGGCGGCUUCCUUCGGGUUCACGCUUUCCGCUUGGCCGUCAUCCAGCUUCAGGUGUCUUCCAUCAAGUCAGAGAACCUCACUCGAGCCUGUGGCCUCAUCCGGGAGGCAUCGAAGCAAGGAGCCCAGAUAGUCUCCCUGCCUCCAGUAGCACGCCAGCAGUCGUGGCCAUCAGCAGUGUCUCUAGACGCUGCCACGUGUCCUGGGGGUCAGACUUACCCUCCGUUGAGAACUGCUGCUCUGUCUGAGUCAGCAGGCAGAUCUGACCGCUCUUCUCUUCUGUCUUCCUCCUCAGCUUUCCGCUUGGCCGUCAUCCAGCUUCAGGUGUCUUCCAUCAAGUCAGAGAACCUCACUCGAGCCUGUGGCCUCAUCCGGGAGGCAUCGAAGCAAGGAGCCCAGAUAGUCUCCCUGCCUGAAUGCUUUAAUUCUCCAUAUGGCACAAAGUAUUUUCCUGAAUAUGCAGAGAAAAUUCCUGGUGACUCCACACAGAAGCUUUCUGAAGUGGCAAAGGAGUGCAGCAUAUAUGUCAUUGGAGGGUCCAUUCCUGAAGAGGAUGCUGGGAGGCUGUAUAACACCUGUGCCGUGUUUGGGCCUGACGGAGCUUUGCUGGUGAGGCACAGAAAGCUCCACCUGUUUGACAUUGAUGUUCCUGGGAAAAUCACGUUUCAAGAAUCGGAAACACUGAGUCCUGGUGAUAGUUUCUCUGUCUUUGAUACUCCUUACUGCAGGGUGGGCCUGGGCAUCUGCUACGACAUCCGCUUCGCAGAGCUGGCGCAGAUCUACGCACAGAGAGGCUGCCAGCUGCUGGUGUAUCCUGGAGCUUUUAAUCUGACCACCGGGCCAGCCCACUGGGAGUUGCUUCAGCGAGGCCGGGCUGUUGAUAAUCAGGUGUAUGUGGCCACGGCAUCUCCUGCCCGGGAUGAGAAAGCCUCCUAUGUUGCCUGGGGGCACAGCACCGUGGUGAGUCCUUGGGGGGAAGUCCUCGCCAAAGCUGGCAUUGAAGAAACGAUCGUGUAUGCAGAUAUAGACUUGAAGAAGUUGGCUGAAAUUCGCCAGCAAAUCCCCAUUUUUAGCCAGAAGCGAUCAGACCUCUAUGCAGUGGAGGCCAAAAAAUCCUGAUGUUUCCAACAUGUCAUGAAACAGAAAGAUAUGUUUCUACAUGAUAAUCAACAAUCUUAUGAAUUCUUUAAUGGAAUUUUUUUUUUUUAAUAAUUUCAACCUUUUCCCUUCCUGGAAAGGGAAGCCCUGUUGGGAUGCUGGAGCUGAUGCUGGUAUUCUCCCCACCAUAUAAAACCGCCGAAAAGGACUCAGGCUGGCAUCGGAGAGCAGGAGGAGGAGGGUGGGGGCGGCUCUAAGUCUUUCAUGUUCAAGUUGUCUCAAGCAGUUAUUAAAGUAUCAGAUCCUGGUAUCCCUGAUGGUUGAUCCACCUGAUACAAGUGUAUUUGUGUGGUGAACCUCUUAUCUGAUUGCUGGAGUUGGAAUACAAUAUAUGCAGAAACCUUGGUCUUUGA